AUGCGCUUGAUACUGACUAUAUAUUCAUGUAAUGCCGUGUCAUACGCUGUAAUGAGUCUUUGGGGGCGAUUGUUAUUGUCGUGGCUGCAUGAGCUUGCGCUGCCGAGUUCAAAACCGUGGAUGGAAUCGUGCGGAGACCCGGGACCGGCGCAACCAAGCAUCUGGGCUGAGUUACGCAUCUGGCAUUUUUGCCAUGUUGCAUUGCGACGAACUACAAUCUGUUGA